AUGAGCAAAUUAAUAUCAGUAUGUACAGACGGUUGUCUGUCAAUGAUGGGCAUCAACAGUGGUUUGAUAACACUGAUUAAGAUGGAAUGGAAUUUGCCAAAUUUGCUCUCCAUUCACUGCUUACGGCAUCAAGAAAUUUUGGCAUAUCAAAUUUCAAAAACCAAACUGAAGAACAUUAAGCAAACGGUUAUAAGUGUUAUAAAUUUCAUUCGUGCCCGUGAACUUAAUCACCAAAAAUUUAAAGAACUUCUGCAGGAAUUGCAAGCUUUUGACAGUGAUGUUCUCCUACAUACUACUGUCAGAUGGCGAAGCAAAGGAAAAGUGCUGGAACGGGUUGUCAAUUUGAAAUUAUUUUAUUCUUACAACAAAGUGGCAAAAAUUGUCCUGAACUUGAUGAUGAUGAAUGGUGGAUACUUACAGCUUUUUUGA